UGCGUGCGUGUGUGUGUGAACUUGAAUUGUUAUUUGUGUGCGCCGAUAAAUAGAAUUGUGGUGAAAUAAAGUGCACAUAUAUUUUGAUUUUUUUUGCUCACGCGCAAAUAACACAAAUCACAAUGGGCAGCAAUUCAUCCAAGGGAGUCGGAGUCGUCGAGACCGCUGCAGCGCCCGCGCUCAAGGCCGCAGACACAGCGUCCGCCGCCGGCGGCGGUGACAAGCCCAAAUGCAAAGCCUGCUGUGCCUGUCCCGAAACGAAGCGUGCACGUGAUCAAUGCAUUGUGGAAAACGGCGAGGAGAACUGCACAAAGCUCAUUGAGGCGCACAAGCAGUGCAUGCGCGAUGCUGGCUUCAAUAUCUAAAGCCGGACCUAGGCUGCUGGGCGGUGUGGUCGGAGUACUUAGAUUAAGGCGGCAGCGUUACGCUCUGCGUGGUCGCUGCGUCGAGCUGCUUAUCUAAAAUUACUCUCUCUCUUGUUUCGUUAUAUCUCAAGCUAAUUAUAGUUAAUUUAAUGGAUAAACAUAAACC